AUGGACUGGAGCUUGCCAACAGACAGCGGUCGGAGCGAUUGUGGUGAUGAUCGUUUUGGCCAAGUAUAUAUCCGGCGCUGGCGUAGCCAACGCCGGGUGCAGAUCCACCACGAUGCCAUCUCGCCUUUUAUAGGCGGUGAUCUCGAAAACGUCUUUGAGAGGACACUUGUCGGGAGGCUGUCCCUGCCCGAUAUUGCCCAGCAGGUGUUGUCUGAUGUCAAGGACGAGAAGACGGAAGUGCCUCUUACUUAUGCCAAUUUUCAGAGCCAUUUGGGCUUCGUCUACCGUGAGAGUUUCUACGGUGUUUUGGAAGACGAUCAGUCCUACGACGAUGGCAAUGGAGUGUCUCUGUCAUCGCCUCCUGAGAUUGCCAAGGAUACCCUAGGUGCUGCUCGUCCCACUGAAACUUUAAGGAUCUAG